AGAAAAACAAAUAAACCCAGCUUCCGCUCUUUUACCUUCUUCACUCUCGCUUCAAAGGAGGGUUUUUUUCGUUUUUUGUUAUUUUGUUUUGUUUUUAAGUUUUGAAAAUUUUUAAAGUUUCACCAAAAAAAAAUCUGAUUCAAUUCCGUUUGUUUUCUGGGAAAGAAGAAAAGAAAAAGAUUUCUCGCCCAACAAAAUUGUCACUUUCCCGGGAAUGUUUACUGCUCCACCUGGGGCUCUUCAUUAGCUGCCUUAUCCAAGCUUUUGCUCGCGAAACCGGUGUGUAUCAUUUCUUCUCCCUUGGGAUUUUCGGAUUGAUUUUGGUCCAUUUUUUCUGGAUUUUCUUUUUCUCGUAGGAUUUAGGAAUGGAAUUUUCGAGAUCUGAAAUCGUCAGGAUGCCAUGGCUCGCCGAUUCGGUUGGAUGUAUCGGAUUUAAGCUUUGAGGGGGGGAAAAUCGGUGGAGAAGAAGUUUAACCUGGGUCAGGAUUUAUUUUAGGGCUGAAGUUUGAUCCGUUUGUUUAAUCGGGAAAAUCGUGAAUCUCUCUCUCUCUCUCUUCUUUUUUUUUAAUUGCUGUGCUUAAUUUCUUGGGAAGAAGAUGAAGAUUGAGGUAGGUUUGGGAGGAAGUGGAGUUUGGAACGACGAAGAUAAAGCCAUGGCGGCGGCGGUUCUUGGGACUCGAGCCUUCGAUUACUUGAUAUCAAGCUCGGUGACGAACGAGAACCUAUUAAUGGCGGUCGGAAGCGAUGAGAAUCUGCAGAACAAGCUCUCGGAUCUAGUGGACCGCCCGAACGCCUCCAAUUUCAGCUGGAACUACGCGAUUUUCUGGCAAAUAUCGCGGUCCAAGUCUGGCGAUUGGGUUCUGGGUUGGGGCGACGGGUCUUGCCGAGAGCCUCGCGAAGGCGAAGAGUCGGAAGCCUCGAAAAUCCUCAAUCUCCGCCUUGAGGACGAGACUCAGCAGAGGAUGAGAAAGAGGGUUCUUCAGAAGCUCCACAAUCUGUUCGGCGGGUCUGAUGAGGACAACUACGCCCUUGGAUUGGACCGUGUUACUGAUACAGAAAUGUUCUUUUUAGCUUCCAUGUAUUUCUCUUUCCCUAGAGGCGAAGGCGGCCCCGGUAAGUGUUACGCCUCAGGGAAGCAUAUGUGGGUCUCGGAUGCUCUGAAAUCGGCGUCUGAUUACUGCGUGAGGUCGUUUCUUGCGAAAUCCGCCGGAAUUCAGACCAUUGUUUUGGUCCCCACCGAUGUUGGGGUGGUUGAAUUGGGUUCGGUGAGAUCUGUGGGUGAAAGCGUGGAGCUUUUGCAGUCUGUGAGGUUGCUUUUCGCUUCGCAGUCCUCGCUGAUGAGGGUUGGUAAGCCCGCCGUGACGGGGUUGCCGGUGGUGGGGGAGAAGAGAGAUGAGAGUAUUCGUUUGGCUAAUUCUGGGAUUGUUGUGGAGUGUAGGGAUGGUGUUCCGAAGAUUUUUGGGCAGGAUUUGAAUACUGGGAAUGUUAUUAGGCCUCAUCAUAGGGAAAAACUGGCUAUUAGAAAGUUGGAUGAUCAGAGACAGCCUUGGGAUAUGUACUCAAAUGGGAAUAGGAUUGCAUUUUCUAGUCCCCGGAAUGGGAUUAUUCAUGGUUCGAAUUGGCCUCAUGUUCAGGGUGUGAAACAAGGGAACCCGACGGAGAUUUAUGUCUCUCAGAGCCAGGGGACUAAUAACAUACAUGAGGUUGUUAAUGGGGUGAGGGAAGAUUUUCGGCUCAACAACUACCCGCCACAAAAGCAGGUUCAAAUGCAGCUUGACUUUUCAGGGGCUACUUCGAGGCCCGCGGUGGUUAGUCACAGACCAAUUAACGCGGAUUCGGAGCAUUCGGAUGUGGAAGCUUCGUGCAAGGAAGAACGGCCGGGCACGGCCGAAGAGAGGAGGCCGAGGAAAAGGGGAAGGAAGCCUGCGAAUGGAAGAGAAGAGCCCCUCAAUCAUGUGGAGGCGGAGAGGCAACGGCGUGAGAAGCUGAACCAACGUUUUUAUGCUUUAAGAGCGGUUGUUCCCAACAUCUCUAAGAUGGAUAAAGCUUCAUUGUUGGGAGACGCCAUUGCUUAUAUCAACGAGCUUCAGGCUAAGCUCAAGGUCAUGGAAGCGGAGAGGGAAAAAGUUGGGAAUACUUCUAGAGAUUCAUCAGCAAUGGCUAUGGAAACCAAUAACCCAGAUUUAGAAAACCAGAACCGAGUUCCUGAUGUCGAUGUUCAGGCUGUCCAUGAUGAGGUUAUUGUUAAAGUAAGCUGCCCUUUGGAUUCACAUCCCGCGUCAAGAGUCAUCCAAGCAUUCAAAGAGGCGCAGAUCAAUGUUGUUGAGUCAAAACUAGCAGCCGUGAACGACACUGUGUUUCAUACGUUCGUAAUCAAGUCGCAAGGAUCUGAGCAGCUGACCAAGGAAAAGAUUAUCGCAGCGUUUUCCCGGGAAUCCAAUUCCUCAUGGACGUUGUCAUCAGUUGGAUAGCAGAAGAAGAAUUUUGCCACUAGAAUUAUUAGAUCAUAGGCAUUAUUGUGAAGAACCCCUUUAAAAGAUUCUUCCAAGAGUUUUUUUAGUAUACAGCAGCAGAUCCUAAAAGGAAACAACAGUGUCAGCUAGAAAGUAGAAAAAUAACUCUCUGUUGACCGAGUAGUGCAGCAAAUUUUCUGUCAUUUGUUUAUAGCAUACAUAUUUUGUUAUAAGUAUUCUUGCAAGGUGGAUCAAGUUUGUAAGUUUAGCCUGCUCUUCCAUCACUUGUUAUUAAGAAGCUGAUGAAUUUCUCGCCUUUUUUAGUAUUAGUUUCACUAAUUAUUUGUUCUUUUCCUAGUUCUA